CUCCAGGUCAUGGUGCCGUAUUUUGUAGCGAAGAUGGCCGCUUCUCGGAACGGGAAGAGCGGACUGCUGGAGAAAUGGCGGAUCGAUGAGAAACCGGUGAAGAUCGAUAAAUGGGAUGGAGCCGCUGUGAAGAAUUCUCUGGAUGACGCCGCAAAGAAGGUGCUGCUGGAGAAGUACGGCUACGUGGAGAACUUCCAGCUGGUCGACGGCCGUCUGCUGAUCUGCACCGUCUCCUGUCUGUUCGCCAUGUUGGCUCUGGUCUGGGAUUAUCUGCACCCGUUCCCUGAGUCCAGACCGGUCCUGGCCUGCUGCGUCAUCUCGUACUUCAUCAUGAUGGGCAUCCUGACUCUCUACACGUCCUACAAGGAGAAGAACAUUUUCCUGGUGGCGCUGCAGAAAGAUCCAGCUGGGAUGGAUCCGGACCACAUCUGGCAGCUGUCCUCUUCCCUCAAACGGUUCGACGACCAGUACACUCUCAGAGUGUCUUUCACCGACGGGAAGUCGAGGAACUCGAGGGAGGCCGAGUUCACCAAGUCAGUGUCGGCGUUCUUCGACGAGAACGGGACGCUGUCCAUGGACCAGUUUGAGAAGUCGGUUUCCAAACUGCACGACACUCUGGCAGCAGACAAGAAAACCAAAUAACUCUCUGGACACACAACGACAUCUCAGUUUGGUUCAGAUACUGGUGGGGUUCAUAGUUUCACUCGGUUCGUUGGUUUCAGUUCGAUCCUUAAACGGUCAGUUAGAUAAAGGUUGUUAGUCGUUUUAGUUGUUUCCACUGCAGGAACUUUUGCCAGCAAAGUCGCCACUUAAUCGUUUUUUUUUCUCAGCAUUUUGAUAUUUUAAAGACCUCCAGCUUCCGACAGAUCUAAAGCUUUAAGUCUUGAGUUUUAGCUUUUUUUUUUUUUUUUUUAAAUCCUUAUUAGGCGUUUUUUCCACUGCAGGUUCAGGACUUUCCAGGAUCUAACAGUACAACAGUGGAGGUUUGUUAUGUUGGAUCAUGUGAUGGAUUUUACGUUGUUGGUGACAUCAAAGAGAAAAGUUUAACCAAUCACAGAAGUUCCUACUCUGGACUAGGAACUUUCUUUGAGUUUCUGCUGGGACAGUUCUUGCAGUGGGAACAUGAAUAAAAGUUGAGCCUGCAAAUUCCUGCAGUCAGAAACAACCUUUUGUUUGCUUUUUUUUUUUCAGGGCGGCGCAGGAAGUGAGAUCAGAAUCAUGGCAAAUUUUAAGUAACUUUCUCAACAAAUGAUCGGCAGCAUUGUCAAGAACAGAUUAACUAAUGACAGGAUUUAAGUCACGUCAGAGGCGGACACAGCCGGUUUUCAAUCACAGACUUCAAACCUUCUUGAAUUCAUUAAACACCACAGAAGUCUUUGUCAUGGUGCCCCUUUAACAGCUAAACUAAAUGUUGGCUAAAUAAUCCAUGACUGAUAACAGAAAGCAAAGUUUUAAUCAGUUCCAGUUUGUCUUAAAUACAUUAUUUCCAGUUGGAGGUCAGAAAUCAUCAUGAGUCUUUGUCAUGGUGCCCCUUUAUUAGCUAAGCUCCCACAGUGAUCUCUGCUUUAACAUGAACUGUAGUCUCAGUGAUGCCUCCUCUGGUCUCUACAAUAUUAAACAGUGAGAGGCUCCACCUGGUGGAACAACCAGAAACAACAGCUGAUCUACAUUUACUGACAUGCACAACCUUCUUUUUCCUUACAUUUUUCGAUUUUGUGUCCGUUUUGUUGUUUUUUUUUGUCUCAUUUUAAGUCUUAUUUGCGUCUCCUUUCCGAUGUUUUGUGUCUCUUUUUUGUUGUCUUGUUUUUAUCUUGUGUUGUUUUUGUUUUGUUUGUGUAGUUUAGUCUCAUGUUUUGCCAUCUUCUGCCUUGUCUAGUGUCCAUUAACGACCCCAGAAGUCUUUGUCGUGGUACCCCUUUACCAGAUAAACUCCCACCACAGUCUCUGCUCAUCAACAUGAACUUCCUGUUAAACAGGUAGAGGUUCCGCCUGGUGGAACAACCAGGUGCUACAGCUGAUCUACAUUUACCAACAUACACAGCCUUCUUCUCGGUUGAAUUAUUAACGGCUGUUGAUGGUUAAUCGUUGGGACACAAAAGUUGACUGAAUUCUCUGCGGUGAAGAAAACUUUGAAUUAACCGACUCUCCUCUUAAAUAAAUAAGAGACAAACUGAAACCAGCGAACCGCCUGAAAGGAAGGAAGUCCGUCGUAGUUUUACAGCAGGUUAGAAACCGUUUCAAAACUCCAUAAUACCAGGAAAAUAAGCAGAAUUUAGAAGUAACAACAUCCAGUUAUCUGUUCUUAUCGAUGUUUUCUCUUGGCUCAGUCAGAAUCAUCUUCUACCCUCCAGGCUUUCCUCAUUCCUACAGCACGUUUGUAUUUUUGGUAACCAUUUUAUACUUACAGUGAAAAAUGCGAACUCGAGGGACGGUCCAGCAGCUCACUGGAUCAUUUUAAACGGUUAACAAGCGCUAAGUGAGCGGAUUCACACGUCGUCUCGUUCUCCCUGCAGGUCAAAGCAGCAUUUCAAGUUUUUAAAAACGAUUAUCUCAUCUAAAAACUGAUGCCUUCGCUGUCUAAUUGGUAGAAAAACUUGCUAACAUUCAGGAGACAUUAGAGUUUCAGACUUCACCAAUUGCAGUGCGACGUGUUGCGGGGUGGGCGGUGCCACCUGAAAGGUCACACAGGUGUGAAGUGAGCGGCUGUCGUCACGGAGACGCAGCUGAUGGUGGCAGGAACAUAAUUUAAUUUUUUUUUUUUUUUUCUUUUUAAAAACAUUAAAUGAAUCUGUCGACGUUGCCGAGCGCCUCGUUAGCAUCGUUAGCGUCCACCGGUGAUCUGAGCAGACCUGCUGGAUGCUAACAUGCUAACAUUAGCUCAGACGUCGGUGGUGCUUCCAGAUGGACAUGUGGACGCCUUACAGCAGGACGAAGUCUGAAUGUUGACAGUUUGUUGUGUAACUCUGUUGGUGAAUAUUAAAGAUGGACUGUUACCCAAAAAAAACAAAAAACAAA